CGGGAUUGGAACGAUCAAUGGUGUCCGUAUCGUCUUCUAUGUGAUCUUGUUCCUGUUCUCUAUCGUACUGAUUGGCCUUACUGCGGCUCGUCUACAAUAUACAACCCAUCUACCGCUUGGCGACCCGCUGAACAACGGCGUUGAUUUCUACGAUCCCAUUGUGGCCGAGUUGCUGGCAUCAUCAUGUCUCUCUCUCCUGUGGUCGCUAUUUGCGCUACACAUAUUGUACCCAAGGUGGGGGUUCGAAUACGGCAUCCUGUCCAGUUUCCUAGGGGAGAUGAUCGGACUCUUCAUCCUUUUCCUCCUCUGGCUCGUCGGAGCGGCGAUCGCCUCUACAAUGUGGGGCGAGCUUGGCUGGUGCCAUGAGUACGAAGCGUGUCGGCUUCUCACGGCCCUCGUCGCAUUCGCGUGGCUGGGGUGGGCAAUGCUGCUCUUCUUGCUCUUCAUCACCGCAGUAUACGCCAUCGUGAACCGUGCGCUGUUCUGGCAGAUGCACGGCCGAUACGCGCCUCGCGCGAGCGGCUUCGGACCGGCCUUCAGAGCAUGAGAUGUGAGAUCAACACGAAAUACCUAUGUGCUUUUAUGAACCAUCAUCAAUCAUGUAUUGCGUUGAAGACGUCGUUUCUUCGCUAGGGAUGUGUUUGUGUAUGAUUUGUUCUACCUUGCGCUGAUUGAUAUUAGCGUACAUUUGUGGAGAUACCUACGUUAGAGCAUGCGUUUCUAGAUAAUGAUAUACCUUCCCAUCUCUUUGUCAAUGCACGACCUUCUAUCGCAGGGUGCUUGUGAGAACGCGAUGAGGUAUUCCGCGUCACCAUCAUGCACGAAUAAUUUCCACAAGUUCCAGAUUUGCGACUUCUGCCUCCAU